GCCGGGUCACGGCGGGGCCGCGCCAGCAGCCCAGGCCGCAGGGGGCGGUGCGGGCGGCCCGGGCGCAGGCGCUGCCGGGAGCCGGCGCAGAGCGGGGCCCGCCCGGGGACGGCGGCUCCAUGAGCUGCCAGGCUUGCUGUCAUACGGGAUCAAGUGGUUUUUGCUGUUCGGCAGGAAUACGUGCUUCUUGGAGAUCAGCUCCUGGUCUUGCAGCCUGGAGACGAGGUUGCCAUCAUCCCACCAAUUAGUGGAGGCUGAAUCUACCCAGGAUCGCUUUUCUAGUGAGCUAUGGAUGAAAGCGAAGAUUUGCCAAAAGAUUUUAUCAAGCUCAAGUCUGAAAAGCUUUCUGUAGCUGAAGUGUCAGAGCUCGUCAGUUCACCAUACUGUGGUGCAGUGUCUCUGUUCAUUGGUACUACAAGAAAUAAUUUUGAAGGGAAAAAAGUGAUUCACUUAGAAUAUGAAGCAUAUACUUCAAUGGCAGAGACUGAAAUAAAGAAAAUCUGCAGAGAUGUUAGACAGAAAUGGCCAUCAGUCAAACAUAUUGCAGUGCAUCAUAGACUUGGUGUGGUUCCAAUAACUGAAGCAAGUGUAAUUAUUGCAGUCUCUUCUCCACAUAGAGUUGAAUCCCUUGAAGCUGUAACAUACUGCAUCAAUACCUUAAAAGCAUCUGUCCCAAUAUGGAAAAAGGAGAUGUAUGAGGAUGAAUAUUCUUGGAAAGAAAACAAGGAGUGCUUUUGGGCAAAUUCAGAAAAAUAACUGUAUUCUUCUAAAAAUAAAGUUUUACUCUUCCUAAUUAACAUACUGGUAUACCUUUGAGUUGUUUUCACACAGAUACUGUAUGUUUUUAAGCAGUUGUAACAGACAUUUCAAUCUGGAUAAUUUAAUUAGGAAUGAAUAAGUAAUAAUUAGGGUUUUCAAGUAUUCUUGACUCUUCUUUGAAAUAACCUCUUUGUGCAUUUUAACAUGGAGUCAGCUUUUCAAACAAUCUUUCCUAGAACUCUUGGUUACAAGGUGCUCUGUCCUCUGUGAUAUAUACUGCUUUAGCGCCAUUACAUUGGUAGUCUGUCUGCAUGUGAGGUCACAACAGGACAGCUGGAUUACUUUUUCUUAAUCUUAAAAAGAGUCCUGAGUAGUUUAAUUUUAUAUGACUGUUGAAUCAGUUUGCAAGCUUUAUGCUGUUUUGACAUUCUUGUAACAUGAAAGCUACUUUAAGUAGUUUUAACAGGUUUUUUUGGUACAGACAGAGAAAAAUAUAUAAACUAUACCCCAGAGUUAUAUUAACUUUUUAAUAAUGGUUACAUUCCAGUAACUCUGUACUGUAAAUCAGCUGCUUCCAUAGCUCUGUCUCACAGAAACAUUUUUACUGUGCAGCUGAUAUUACGAGUCCACUGCAUUAAAAUAUAGACAACCAUGAUUCAAAGUUAGAUCUAAUGCUCCACCAGCAAUAACCUUGCAUUAGCAAUAACAAGCAAACUGUAACUACAGAGUGAUGUCUAGACAUGAUUAAUUUUAAGGAGCUUUUUUGGCUAUAUAAUUGUACUGUGCUGCAGCAAAAAAAAACCCCAGCAAUUAUUACAUAUAGACAACUAAGUUUAAUUAGUUUUAGUAGUUUGACUUUAGACAUGUUAAGUUUCAGUGUCAUCAAAAUGGAUUAGUUUUUCAAAGGAAAGUGAGUCUAUUGAACUUUUUGUUGUUUAUAUAUGCAUUUAUAUUCACACUCAUUAUUUUAAUACAAUUUUUCUGUUUUGAAACCUAGUUGAAAAAGACACACUGACAUAGUGUGCGUGUGCCAAUGGCCUGCUUAUCUGAGUAUGAUGUUUUUAUUUAUAUUAUUGUACUGUGCCAUGGUAGUGUUUAGAUGCUAAGAAGAGUUUUAAGUCCCAUCUUGUUCAGCGUUUUUACUAAUGCUGAGAGGCAGUUUCAUCUAAUCAUCAUUAUCAAUGUAGACAGAUAUAAGGGAAGGGAAGUGAGGUAAAGAAAAGUAAAAGUAAGGUAAAAGUAAAAGUAAAGGUAAAGAAAAGUAAAAUUAUUUGCUUCGAUUUAUACAUCAUUUCUUCACACAAAACUUCAGUUUCAGCUGUACAAUCCAUUCGAUUGUGUCUGCAGUGAAAAAUCUACAACAAUAUAAAACAAGAAAAGUAGAUGAUGAUCUCUUUUUCCCCACUGAUCUGAACCAGUUUUACUAGCUACUAACGGGUACUGUAUCUGGAUUGAGUAAAUCCCAGUGAAACAUACAUCCUCAGGCAGAAGCACGGUUAAACUGAUGUUAGCUGCUUG